AUAUAUCCUAUUUCUUUAAUUCAUUUCCUUUUCCGAUAUUCAACCAAACGGCACCUUCGAUCAUGGCGACGCCAUUGUCGAGAACAUUCAGAUCAGUGAAACCCCAUUCAAAUACUGUUCUUCCCUUUGCCAAAACACCCAUUUCAUCUGAAUUCCCACCAAUUAUUUUGCCCCAAGUCAAAUCUCCGGAGAAACCCUCAUCACCCGCUACAACAUCUCCACCUAAGAAUCCUUGGACUGUUUAUCUAAUCCUCUCCACCAAUCCGCCCAUCAAGACUUAUGUCGGUGUCACCAAUAAUUUCUCUCGCCGCUUGAAACAGCACAACGGAGAGUUAAUAGGUGGCGCAAAAGCCUCGACUGCUGGAAGGCCGUGGACUUGUGCAUGUCUUAUACAGGGAUUUGCGGAUAAAUGUAAAGCUUAUCAAUUUGAAGCAAAGUGGAAAAGCAUCUCAAAAAAAUUGCCGCGGAAAAGAAGUGGCAAGAAUCAGGAGCAAGCAGAGAAUUCGCAGCACUUGCUAUUACAACAUAGAUAUGCAGCUCUAAAUCAACUCAGGGAUUUCAUUUAUUGCAGUGAUUUGGAUAUCAACUGGCACUUGGAUCCGACAUAAUUCGUUAACUAUAACAAACUUCAAGUUGAGUUCGUUGGUCAGAUACACCACAGCUCUAAGCGGAAUAAUACUCUGGAUUAAACAGAUUUAGUUGAACUAUAACUUAUGAUUAACUCUCAGGAACAUUAUUUUAUCUCUUACUUUAUUCUCACUACUUCAUUCAGUUUUCUACUUUAUUCUCUCUA